UAAAAUGUAAUUGCGUCAUUAAAUUACACUUUUGGCAACGAUCUUGUAAAUAAUAAUUGUUUUCGUAUCCGGAUUUAUAUUAAAGUUACAACAAUGGCAGCUCUAACUCACAAGAUGACUGCGCUAAUUAAAGAUCAGGAAAUUCCCGAUAUUGAAUUGGACAACCUUGAUGAUCUUCUCAACCAACUGACAGCCGAGGAGCUUGAAGAACUAAAUGGAGAUUUCGACCCAGACAAUUCUCUUCUGCCGCCAGGCCAGCGUUGCCGCAACCAGACGGAGAAGGACCCGACGGGGCCGUUCAACAGGAAGAAGCUGCUGAGUUUCCUUGAGAAACAGGCCAAGGAUGACAAGGACUGGGAGCAGAACAAACCCUUCGUCAAGGAGGUCAAAGGUAAGGUGUAUACCCCAAAAAACCCACCCCCGGAUAAGAAGGAGGAAGAGGGAGGAAUAGCGACAGAGUGGGAUGAAAUUCUUAAAGCAGCAUCUGAAGAGGAGCUGGUUGAUCUGGCUGCCGUUCUUGGUUUCCACUCGAUGUUGACUCAGACUCAGUAUUACGCAUCACUGCAGGACGAGAACAUUAACGCUGAAGGAGGAUUCACAAGUGCUGCAAAAUCACAGGAACUGAAGGUAGUCAAGGAUGAACCGGCCAACUCAACUGAUAUCGAAGACAGCAUAAAAAGACUGCGGGACAAUGACGCCAAGCUUCAACACUUGAAUCUCAACAAUAUUAAGAAUUUGUCCAUUGAGCAGCUUGUGGAGGUGUGUGAUGCGAUUAAGAACAACACCAACCUGAAGAUAUUUGAGAUGGUCGGAGUCCAGGCGACAGACAAAGUAGCAAAGAAACUAGCAGAAUCUCUGAAGGAAAACAAGUCUUUAAGAACAGUGAAUAUCGAAUCGAACUACAUCAGCGGUGACGCGAUCGUGGAAAUUCUCAAAGCGAUUAACAUCAAUCAGGUUGUCACGGAACUCAGGGUAACAAACCAGAAACCAAGCAUUCUCGGCCACAAGACAGAGAGUGCGAUACUCAAGUUGAUCCUGGAGAACGAGACGAUGCUCAGGCUGGGGAUGUUCUUCGAGUACCCGGAUCCACGCAUUCGAUGUCUGGAAAAACUCAAGACUAAUUACGACACAUUGCGGAAGAAGCGUGUAGGAGCUGCGUGAUUGAACCUGUGAGCUUUUCUAUGCAAAUCCCGACUCUUAACCAACACAAAGACUGUCACAAGCGGCCUGUGCUUGUAGUGUGUCUCCUUAUGGGGCCCUGUCAUUUAGGGGCCUCUUCAUGAGACCUUCUCUAGUGCCAUCAUCGUUGGCUUCCGCUUCUAGGUGUUUUUUUUUCAUUUAUAUUUUAUUUGAUAUUCAGUCUCUGUUUGAUCCCAGCCUCUUCUUGCAGGUAUACAUGAUGGGGUGGGUCCACGAUUUGUCUUGGCAUACACUACCUGCAAGUAAGAAAAUGUUAACGGCAAAAAAAACAUGCCAUUGAAAAAAAAACCUGAAUAUAGUUCAAGGCAAAAAAAAAUGCCGUGGAGAUUUUAAUUCUCUAUGACAUUGUUGAUUGUCAUGGGCAAUUGCAGGGAUUGGGCUUAUGGUUUGUCAAUUUUUAAUUAAUUAAUUAAUUACAAAUAUGUUGUACCUAUUUCGGAUGUAUUAAGGCUCUUGAAGUGCUUAGGUAUGCCCAGACAUCCCCUCCUGUGAAAAAUGGACUCGUUGGAAAAUUUUAAUCCAUCCCAUUGGCUUUUGAGAUGUUCGGACCAGUCUACUACCAUAAAAGGGGAAACUACAAUUUGUUUAGGUCUGGUUAGGUAUUCAUAAAAAGAGAAGGUGAUCCAAGUAUUCUAUGAUUUUGUUUGUCAGAACAUUGUAAGUUUUAGUUUUGUUACUUUUUAAAAAUUAAUGUAGCAGGUGUACAAGGUAUUUAUUGUUUCAGAAAAACACCAUAACAAUGUCAUUUUAUAAUUAAAUACAUCAAAUUUAAUUACAAGUAUUGCUUUAUAUAUAUUUUGUGGUUUGAGUUUGGUUUUCUGCUAAUAUCCUGGCUAAAGAGUUUCGAAGCUAUCUUAACGCUAUGAUAUCAUGAAACUAUUAUAAGCUAUGACGUCACUACGACACUCUCCCUAGCCUUCGAUGGUUUUAUGAUAUCGUGAUGCUAAGAUAGCUUAGGUGGAGAUAAACAUAAGGUGUUCCAUUUUAAAGCUUUCACUGUAAAUGCAGUUGUGUGCUUUCGGACACAGAUAUGUUGAGCCAUCCCAAAUUGAAUAAUAUACCAUUCUUAUGAAUGAUAUGCUUAUCAUCUGAUCAUUGCCACCAGCUUCUUGCUCAAAAUGUACAGAACAAGAUUCAUUUCAACAUAUUAAAAUAUUUACAGUAUUAAUAUUAUCACUGGGGUUUUUGAGUUUCAGAACUCCAAAAGCUGGUGGUUAUGUGAAUGAAUGAAAUGCAUGUUAAAAAGUGUAAAAUAGGCUGUUAUUUUUCGGAAAUCAGGCAAAUAACGGAUGAAAAUACAGAUUUUUUCAGGAAUAGAAGAUUUAUUGCUACUCAAAAUCUAUUCCUCUCCUUGUUCUGUCCUGGACGGGGGAGUCGGCUUAAGUCGACACCUGUGUCCAUGACAGGCGUGCCCUACAACAGCUUGCUCUGAAUGUGAACGUUAAACCCUCUGACCUCACCUUGUUGUGGUGAAAAUGGUUAAACUGCUGAAUUGUCUUAAUUUGUGGUCCACUGGCAUUAUCGUUUUUGCAGAUAACACUUUGUUCUCGGUCUAUAAUAAUUACCAGUAACCAUUAAAAAGAACUAAUCCUGUAUAGGUGAGUUCGGAUCGAACACUGAUUUAUAUAUUUUUAUUUGCUUUGUAGUAGAACAGAGUUACAUCCCUUGACAUGGCAGUUUUGUUUUCUUUUGCCAUCUUUUAAGUUUUGCCUUUUUUUCAGAACAGGACUUGUUUUUUUAGUUUUUUUACAUGAAUUGUACUUCAUUUUAGCUGUGAUGAGAAAAAAAGUGACAUGACAAGUUCUCAUUAUACGAAGAUUUGAACAUUUUAAGGUUUGAUUUAUACAAGAAAUAAUAGACAUUGUGUUUGUGAAUGGUUAUCUCUCUUUGUGUAGUGGUAUCCGUACAGGAACCAAGAUGGUGUGUACCGUUAACCUCAGUUAAUGAAUGUGUGAAAAUCCAUCUUGUACAGAGAUGGGAUAGUGAAACAUAAAGCAAGAAUAUAGGCAGUGUGUUUGUGAGGAAUUAUCUCCCUUUGUUCAGAUAAUGUGUGAGGACUUGGUGUAAUUUCAGCCAAUUGCUUGUCGCUAACGUUCGCUAGACAGGAGUCUAAUUCACUAAACUCUCGCAACUUUGCGACCUCGCAGUGCAAUGCUAAAAGACUUGCAAAGAGGAUGCUUUGCUGUCUAGCAGAGCCUAAGAGAGCUUUGUGGAUUAGACCCCUGGGCCCCAUUUUACAAAACGAUCUUAGCCCUAAGAUUACCUUAAGUGCAUAGCUACCCUAUGUACUUAAGUUGAUCUUAGGGCUAAGAUCUCUUCGUGGAACAGGGCCCUGGUUUUUAUGCUACACAUUAAACCAAAUGGCCAUGUCAGGAACCAAUCAAAUAGUUUCGUGAACGUUAACGAAACGUUUGCAGGCUGAACUAGGGCUGGUACCUUUUUAAUUUUUAUCAAUGAAAAUAUGAAUAUGAAGUUAUCAAUUGUUCGAGGAUUCAAGUACAUUGUGUUUGUGAAGGUCUUCCCAUUUUUAUUUAUAACGGUUGAGAUGUUUAUACCCUUAAUUGAAAUCUCCUUUGUUUUGUGUUAGUCGUACAAGAAAUGAGAGAUGCAGUGUAUGUAUAAUUUUAAUUAAUCUAGAUAUGACACAUUUCCCAAAAAUGUGAAUACCAGAAGCUCUGGGUCCAAUUUCACAAAACAUUGUAAGCCUAGUUUUGCACAUAAACAAAAAUCUACAACUAAACCGCAAUUCUUAUUGCUGUUAUAGUACAACUAAUAUAGUUAGAAAUACACAUAUUUCAUUUUAUUUUGUCCUUAAAAUGCUCCAUCUUCAGUAAUGAUGUAAUUUUCUGCAUAAAAUCGAUGCCAGAAACAUAUCACUGUAUGACCGGUAUAACUGUUAGUCGCAUACGUAAACUUACAAUGUUUUGUGAAAUAGGCCCCUGGGCAUUGUUUUUCUGAAGAUUUAUCUCCCCUUUUUUAUUGUUAUGAAAUGGUUUGUACCCUUAAGUUUAAAUACAUGAAGACUUGCUUGCUAUGUUUGUGCUGUAUAAAAGAUUUUAAUUAGGAAAUCUCGGAAUAUUGUACAGAUAGAUCCAUACAAUUUUUUGCAAUUAUUUGUACCUUUAAUUUUAUUUAAUUUUCAAAACAGUUAUUCAGAGAUAAUGUAAGAUGUACAAGAAGGCAUGCACAUUGUAUUUGUGAAGUUGUCUCCCCUUGUUUGUUAAUUUUACUUAAGAUAUCUUUCAUAUGCUUUUCACCCUUUGUUUCGUGUUGAUGAAAAGUCUCCAGAAGUAUCUUAUUGUAGUUUUUGAAGCUAUACAGGUUGUAGCAUACAGGAAGUUAUAGACGUUGUGUUUGUGAAGAUUUGUUUCACCUCUUUCAUAUUUUUAAAAACGAAACAAGCGUCUGAGAAGUAACCUUUAUCAAGUCACGUUUUAGUCUAUUUUAAGGGUAUUUCAGCGUCACACUCUUGUUUCACUCUGUUGUAUCCAAAUUUGUUACAGAUUUGUAAAUGUGUCCAUUUUACGGGUUGAAACUAGAGUCUAGGUAAAAAAAAAAAAUAUUCCUUAGUACUUAAAAACUAGGGUUUGUCCCUUUAACAAAUGCAAAGCCUGUGGUCGCAGGUGUAAAAUAAUAGGUUUAGAUUGCUUACAUAUUCAGCAGUGCAUACCUGUGAUGUCAGAUUACCUGUAAUGCGCUUACAACACCAUAAACACUUUCAAAUGUGUGUAUCCAGUCACUGAAUAUGAUGAAAGUCAGCUACAAAUGUACAGAUUUUUAUGGAAGAUAUACAUACCGGUAAGCAGUUAAAAUGGGAUCCUGUAUUUUGUUGUUUUUAUUUUACCGGUUGUCAAGGGGGGCUCCUACUUUCGGCCACCAUUUGGGGGGUUAAGAUUUUCCACACCCAUCUCUACUCAUGCACUGUAAUUGGUGCACGUCUGUUGGUAUGUGAUGAUUUUGUACGCUGCUAGUAUGUGUGUGUGUGUCCACAAUUUAAAAAAUAAAAUAAAAUAAGAGCGCAUUAAAAUGACAAUGGCAUUUUAACAAGUGAGCAGAAUGUUACAUUUUUUGUUUUGUACAUAUGGGGCCGAAUUUACGUAGCCUGUUUUUUUCUUAAACGCAGGUGUUUGAGCAUUGUAAAUCACAGGCGUAGGAAGCGGGGGUUUGGGGGGGGGGGGGGUGCGAUUUUUUUCCAGAUAUUUUGCUUUAUAUUUGCUUUAUAAUAGUGUAAAAGUGUGUACCUUCCUACACCACUGUUAACAUGUAUGUAGUUACUUACACAUGUUAAGUCCAAAACAAGCUUUAUAAAUUCAGCCCCACUAUCUUUGCAUCGUAUAAUUAUGUGAAUAUAUGUGCCUAUAUUGCUAUUUUUUCCACUUCUCCAUGUUGCAAAUAUAAUAUGAUGUGAACUUUUGUAAUAUUGUUUAUGUAAUCAUUUGUUUUUUUUUUUGUUUUUUUUUUUUUAGUUUGCAUAGGUAGUGUUUGUUGUGUCCAUUUUGAAUUUGUUUGUAUGCUAGUAUUUACUAUAGAAUGUUAUUCGAAUCUAGGAUGUUACUUCCAAUAGCAUGUUUUGAUACCUUUUAUUAUAUGUAGGUGUAUUAAUUUGUAUUCCUUUUGUUUUGUCUUUAUUACAAUUCAAAUCUUUAUUUAUUUCUUAUAAUUAUUAUUAAAGGGACAUAACCCAGUUAAAAUAAGCCUUUCACUGACUUCUCUGAGUUGGUCGGGUUUUUUUAAUAAAUGUUAUUAUUAAGCAAGAAUCAAUUUUUAUUUAAUGGAAUGAAUAAAUAUUUAACGACACCCCAGCACGAAAAAUACAUCGGCUAUAGGGUGUCAAACUUUUAUUUAAUGGAAGCAGGAUGCAUUAUUGGUGAAAACUAAAUCUUAAAAAUAGAUGAAAAUGUUUAUAGACUCAAGGCCUGAGCCGAGGUCAGCCAGACAGCAGAAAAAAAACAUCCAAUAGACUGGUUUAUUUGCUUCACGGUAAACUAAAUGGUCAUGUUGAGAACCAAUCAAAUAGUUUGAAAACGUUAGCUGGCUGAACAUGGGACUGGAAUGGCUUUGGAUUUUGUGUGCUUUGGAGUCUCUGAAUUGUGUAUUGGUUGAAGGUAUUGUCAGCAUAAUUCAUAAUAUAAAGACAAGCAAAAGGGCAAGUGAACUUUGAUUGCAGAUGUGAAAUAAAAGGCUUUUGAGUUUUUAAUUAUGUGGAAGGAAAGUAUCCAUCCCUCCUUUUGAAAUGUCCAGGCAUACGGCAUAUGUAGUUCCCAGAUAAUAACGAGGACCUGUGUGAGAAACUGUCAGUUCGAUCUUGGCGUCAUAGCAUGUCAUGGAUUAUUUUUAUUUGUCUUUAUUUUUAAAUUCUCAUUGUUGAAUAAUUAAUUUUCUCUUCUUUUUUUUUUUCUUAAAAAUUUCAGAACAUGUUAAAUGUGACUGUGGUUUACCUAAUGCUGUGGUUUGUCCCAUCUGUUUUUUAAGUCUCUUAUCCUGUAUGAUUUUUAAAUGUUUUUGUUUUUGUUUUUCGUUUUUUGUCCAUGUGAAAUACGGCACAAUGAAUAAGCCACCCAUCAGUAGUAACAAUAAACUGAUAAUGAAAAA